CUGCCGCGGUGCUGGUCAUGCAAUGAGCGGAACGACAGUCAUGGCCCCGGCCGUGGAUAUCUCCUCCAUUUCCUCCUUCUCUCGACGAUCCCAUUCCACCCCCGACCUCCCGUCUCUUCCAUCGCGAAGCAAGUCGCCCUCGCUGGGCCAGCCGGCCUUGACCGAGCAGGCGGGCAAGAGCCUGGCCGAGUUCGCGACCUUUGAAAUCCCCUCCUUCAGCACCGAUCUCGAUCUCAAGCUCGACAUCUCUCUUCCUCCUCUCGCCCUCGAGAGCCAGCCGCCCCCUUCCACCCCCUCCGAAAAUGACGACCCAAAACCCCCUUCUUCACCGACAGCCCUGCAGCAUCUGCGCACUAGGUCUGCAGCUUCUAACAACGACGGGCCUCGCUCGUGGCUGCGCAGCUUGACGACGAUUCGAGAUGCGCCCUUCGCCAGCUUCAAGAGGUCGUGGAUGCCGCUGUCGCGCGCGCAUGCCAAAACCCAAUCAGAGGCGCCGGCGGCUACAAACAUGAAGCCGGAAGCGAAAUCGAGCCUCGACAAGCUGAAACGGGCUGCGACGGCCAGCAUCACGGAAAUUGCGACCAAUCAGACGAGCCAGGGCCGCUUAGUCGACGCGGGUGCUAAGCCGGCGACAAAGGGCUUCGCUCGUGCCACCAGCUACUUCUCCCGAAUCAAGCAGAAGCCCGCGACCGCCUUGUCUAAAACAGGCGACAGCAUCGGCUCCGACUUUAGCUGCGCCUCGUCUGCCACCAGCCUGGCCCAGCCGGGCUCCAGCAGCAUCGACACGCAUGUCUCGCAGUCGGCCUCUUCUGCCGAGACAAACUCCACGGCCCUGACCGCUGAUGAGUCGGCCAGCGAAAUGCCCGCGCGCAUCCCCGAUCCGCUGUGGUCGCACUUCAAGAACCUCGACCUCGAGAUUCGCGGCUUCGCCUCCAAGCCCGUCGCCCAGCAGUGCGCCCUGGUCAAGACGCUGCUUCUGCCCUUUCUCAAGAGCGCCACCAGCCAGCAGCCGCUGGGCGGUCUGCGGCCCGAGGAUGUCGACUGCAGGGCUUCCGUGCUCAACAAGUGGUGGAGCGCCGUGCUCGACAUGCUCGAGGUGCAGCACCAGCAGCCGGUCCCGGGCCUUGACCGCCAGCUGCUCUUCGAGACGGCCACCACCGUCAUGAUGCGCAUGGAGUGGCGCCAGACGACGCCGUACUUUCUGCCCCUGGCGGACCGCUCUCCUCAAGACCGCGACCGCGUGCGCGCGAGGUCGUCCACCAACUCGUCCAACUCGUCGCAGACCUCUGACCAGUCCGCGCUGCUGGCAGAGUCGGCAGAGCACAACAUCAGGACCAUGUUCGUGUCGAACCUGGUGAGGCAGAUGGCCUUUGUCGUCGAGAAGAUGUCGCUCCGCCACGUGCCCCCGAGCUUGAUCGAAUUCGCCGGCAAGACGUGCGCAUACGCCUUCUUCUUCGCGCCUGGUGUGGCUGACAUCUUGGUGCGACUCUGGGGGCUAACGCCCGACUUGAUCCGCCGUGUCUCCGAGAGCAUGGGCCUUGGCCGCAACUCCAACGAGCCCGUCGACGAAGAAAUCGUAGCCUCGUUCCCGCCAAAGCUGAGCUCCCUAGCCUGGUCCUCGCCUCGGACGCUGUGGACCACUCUGAAGCGCAUCCCCAAGAUGCCUCUGCUUGUGGCCAGGGUGCCGUGGACAGGGCCCUGGGUUAUGCGAUGGAAAGGACGCGACACCGACCUUCUCUUCAUCUUUUGCCGAUAUUUCCACUUGUUAUCCGACCAGUUUAUGCCGGAAGGACGUUCGUUGACGGAGAAGGCACAGUCGCCAGCCUUUGUUCUUGUCCACGCACAGCUCUUGUCGAUUCUCGACGGCACCAUCCACCGCCAGGCUGCUCUGGAGCCUCCGCAGGCAGCGCUCCUGGCCAAAGGAGCGGAAGCAGCAGCCCUACAGAUGCCCAUGCCACCAAACAACAUGAUGAAGAGCAUGGCGGAAAACAGACUGGUAGUAUUGCUAAAAGACAUUCUAGCAGACGGAACUCUUGAGUAUGCGGGAGCGAGACACACAUUUGCGCAGGCGUUUUCUGCGCUCUUGAAAGCCGCCACGAGCAGGACAUCACGAUACAACAGCACCGCGUGCUCAAUGCUGUGUGACUUGCUGGAGGAGGUUCUGCUCAUCUACCACCGGGCCGAGACCGAUGAGUAUCCAACGUGCUACAUCGACUGGCCCUUCUGGAUUGAUGUCUGCAAGAUUGCUCUAUCCUCUCUCAACACUCUGUCGGAGAUCCGGAUGAUUUCUUUCAUCUUUACGGUGUGGGACGCUAUUGCAAAAGACCCCGAACAGAAGCUGCUGGUGUGUCGUGAUUGGCUGUUGACGGAAGAGACCUUCAACGCUUUCUUCAACAACUGGUGCCCAAUGGUGCGGGCGUACUACAUGCGGCUGCUCUGCUGGAGAAUAUGCCGCGACAGGGGCAGCCAGAACGAGAUUGACAUGGAAAUCUUUAUGCUGGCGUCAAAGAGGCUCAAGAGCGUUUGGUCACACUAUCUAUACCUGAAGCAGGCUGCCGAAGAGGCUCACCAGGCGGGCCCUGCCACGGCGCCAAUGUCGCCUACCUUGGGAAAACGAUUCAUCAUCAUCAAGCACGAAGUCGCAGUGCCUCAGCCAGGCCUGUUUGCGACCUUUGAUACGUUCACCAAGGCAUCGAGCAUCAUCUCACUUGCAAACGACACCAACUCCGACCCAACCGUCGUAACCAAGAGUGACCCCAAGAGAAAGUGGUCGUUUCUCAAGUUAUUGUCGUUUGGCUCAACGGCUUCCACCGCCCAAAACAACACGGAGGCGUCUGCAAGCAAGCCUUCUGCGGACGAGGGGCUCCAGAACGCGCGCCGGGAGGUUGCAAACUCUCGGGCGCGGCAAAUUACUCCGGCCACCCCGCCCAAGACGGCAGGCUCCGACAACAGCGCAGACUCUGAUGGCUCCAAUCCGGUUUAUGAGGAGCCCAAGUUUACCUUCAAGUUUGUCCUGGGCUGGCCGCAGCCGCAGCAGCAGGCGCCUUCCCUCGACCGCACACUCGCGUGCCCGAGACUCCCAACGCCAGCGCAAUCAAGACUUGGCUUCAAGCCAAAGCGAGGAGGCGGUCCGACGCUGCCUCCACUCAUGAUACCUACAAGGAAGUUUUCCGGCAGUUCUCAGAGCGGCCUGGUACAGGCAGCAAGGAAUGCGAAUGCAAGCCCGCUUGGGUCGCCCGUCUUGGAAGCUCAUCGACAGCCAUUCGCGAGCGGCGGGGCCAUCCCGGAAGAGGAAGCCUCCAUGAGCGGCUCGGAGGCCGACAGUGGCAUCUCGAUCCCUAGCGACUUGAAACUUUUCCCUUCCCCUAAUGUCCAGCCGACGCCGAGUGAGGAAUGGACCGGAGAAGCUAGAGUAGGGCCCGUUAAGCCCGCCGGCGCUUUUUUGAAGAACCUGGUCUACUCAGGACGGGCACUGUCCGAAUGGAGUCUCGUGGUGGCGGAGUGCAACAACUUUGUUGAGCGACGCCGCGACGAGGGUGUCGCUUCGCUCGACGAUGUUGAGGUGCCACUUUUGGGCGUCGAAGGCUUCCGCAAGAUGGCCGGUUGA